AUGGGCAAUCCUACCAGCAUCACAGAUCAUUUUGCCCAGGAACAAAUUGAAAACAACUGGAGCAAAGUAGCUCAGACCCAGCGACUGUGGCGAAGGACAGGGCUGAAGCCCCCCACCCCAGUGGCCCUCGGGCUGCUGCUGGCCCUGGCCCUGCUGGCCCUUGCCCGCCUGCCCCCGUCACUGGACCGCUCCCCCCACCUGCCACCAACAUCGUCACCCUCAGGCCCCCAGCGGAAGGCGGCUGCCCCCCUACCUGGGGGACAAGCCCGCAGCAAAAGCUCCCCCAUGGACCCUGCUCACCCAUGGCAGGACCAGCCCCCAAGACGGGGCAGGAGGCAGCGGCGACGGAGGGCAGUGGGGGAUGCUCCCCCGUGGCUCUCCAAUGAUGACCUCCAGAAGAUGCGACUGCUAGCUGAUGGGCGGGUGGUCUCCAAAACUCGUGUCCCAGCCCAUGGGCAAGUCCUGCGAGUGGGGCUGCAGGCCAUGGGGGAUGCCAGGGUGGACACCUCACCAGCCAGCCUGGAGGGAGACUGCUGGGAUGGGCGCUGUGGGCUCAUCAAGCGCCCUGGGGACCUCUACGAGGUGGCCCGGCGUUUCACCAGCCGCCUCUUGCCCUACAGUUACACCAAUGGCUCCCUGCGACCCAUCAUCUGGUGGGCACCUGAUCUCCAGCACCUGAAGGACACCAACAAUGACCAGAACUCCUGUGCCCUGGGGUGGCUGCAGUACCAGGAGAUGCUGCGGCCCCAUGGACUGAUGUCAGCAGCCGGGGAUGGUCCCUGCUCCAGCAUCCCGCGUGAAGAGUGGAGCCGCCUGGCUCUCUUCGACUUUCUCCUCCAGGUUCACGAUCGCCUGGACCGCUACUGCUGUGGGUUUCAGCCUGAUCCCUCUGAGCCCUGCGUGGAGGAGAUGCUCCAUGAGAAGUGCCGAAACCCGGCAGAGCUGGUCCUGGUCCACAUCCUGGUCCGGAGGAGUGCGCCAUCUCGCCUGGUGUUCAUCGACAACGCGGGCAGACCACAGCACCCCGAGGAGAAGCUCAACUUCAGACUCCUGCAAGGCAUAGACAGCUUCCCAGCAGCAGCAGUGGCCAGGCUGCAGUCGGGCCAGUUGCAGAGCCUGCUGCUGGAGUCGCUGCGCAUGGAUCGGGAGCUCUGGGAGAGCCAGGGCGGCUCCGAGGGCCUGAGACCCCUGCUUCAGACCAUCGACAGGCGGGCACGCGUCCUGCUGCGGCACAUCCAGGAGCACAACCUGACGGUGUUCGAGGACUCACUUGGCUGA